AUGGUGGUUCACCAUGUUCAUUAUCUCCAGUCAUCAAUCAACUCGGCAGAAACGGUUGUCUCGCACUCUUCUAUUCUUCCCCUCCACUCCUAUCCGCUACAUCAUUUUGUCGAGUUCCUUGAGGACGUUGUAGAUAUCACCGUGGAGAUUGGAGACUUGGCCACACCUCUGGGUACGCCCACCGCCAUGGCUCAACCUGCAAAACUCCAGUGGCUCCUCAGCAACGGCUCUCCUCGGUCACCUCAUGACUUUGGCAUUGCUAAACUCCUUUUUGAGAAUUCAAUGACUUUUGCAACUGUACUAAAGGGAUCUAUUGGCUACUUUGCACCAGAGUAUGGAAUGGGUGGAAAGAAUUCAAUAAGAGGCGAUGUAUAUAGCUAUGGAAUUCUACUCUUAAAAUUAUUAACAAGGAGAAGACCGACAGAUAACAUGUUUGUAGAAGGUAUUAAUCUACCGAAAUGGGCAAGCAUGGAUUUUCCAAAUAAGAUCACAGAAGUAGUGGACAAUCACCUACUUAGAGAUGUUGAUGAGUCAAAUAAAGAAAUGGUAUUGGCAUGCCUUAAUGAAUUUAUGCAAAUAGGGUUGAUUUGCACAAGGGAGGCUCCACACCAAUGUCCAACUAUGAUGGAGUUUGUUCAGAGAUUAGAAAAAAUAACAAGUGUAUUUCUUGGUACUCCUAAAAAUUUUCAUUUGCCCAUAGAUAUCUCACCUUUGCUUGAGAGUACAGAUAAUGCAAGAAAUAAUAAUUCAAAUAGCUAUUAA